GCCGCCUCAGGCGGGCGGGCAAUGGCGGAGCGGCGCCCGCGGGGCUCGCCCUGAGGAGGGACCUCCUCUGCCCCGGCCCCCGGCUCGCUGCCGGGCCCUCCUGCCCCUCCGGCCCAUGGCCCUCCCGGUGUUCUGCAACUCCUGCUCCUGUGAGCCCCGCAAGCCCACGCCGCGGUUCUGCCUCACCAGCUGCGGCCACGUUUUCUGUGAGAUUUGCCUCCAGAAAGGCAAAAAAGAUGAAUGUUUGAUCUGUAAAACUGCUUGUCAGACGUUAGUUCUUUCAAAACAGAUAAAUCCUGAUAUUCAGGCACUGUUCAUGGGAGUGGAUGUGUUAUGCAAUAAAUACUCAAAAGAAAUAACACAGAUUUCAGAAUUUCAAGAAAAACACCGUAAGCAUUUAUUAGCAUACUACAAACAAAAGGCAGCAAAGCUGGAAGAAUCUCUCAAGAAAGCAACACAGCAAAUACAACAGAUACAAUGUAUGAAACCACCUGAAAAAACUGCGCAACUGCCAUUUUCCAAUACAAGCCGAAAUCCAUUUUCCAUUCCUUCAAGAAAACAGAAUGGUUAUUCUCCAUAUCCUCUUCAUUCUAGUCAUCCUUCCACUUCUGAAAUGGUGGAGGCAAUGGAGGUUGAUCCUGUACCUUCACCAAUGAGGAAACUCGAGACACCAUCUGGUCCCACAAGGUUAUCACUAAUAACUCCACCACAGGAUGGACGUAUGGGUAGUGUAGCCUACAAAAGUUCUCAGUCAUCUCUAAUAAUGUCAAGUCAAAAUACUGGAGCAGGAUCUACAAGAUCCACACCUAUAGGAUUAUCACUUAAUGGAUGUCCGUCAUCGUCUGGAUCACAGAGUAGUAGAAGGGGAUCAUGGGCUAAUUCUGAUUUAAGAACCCCUCAACUGUAUCCACUUACAUCACCUUCCCCACAGCUUUCUGCAAGACAUCCAAUCACCAUCUCUGGACUUCUGCAAAGACAACACUUAGGAUCAACUAAUUUUGGAGGACAUUCAGCAGAAAGAUAAGCAAACAUCUGUGAAUUCUUUUGGUUAAUAAGCAUCUGGAGAAGCACUACACAGUCUUUGGAUAUCAAAGUAUUUGUAACUUCAAUAAAAUGUCAAAUUGGCAUAAGCCA